AUGGAAGCCAUACAACUAGCCUUUCUUGUGAUUCUAGCGAUGGGUAUGCCUGCAAACGGUCAACUAAAAACUGGGUUUUACUUUUCUUCAUGUCCAAAAGUAGAGAAUAUAGUCAGGUCCACCGUUGCAUCACACUUCAACAAAGAUCCCUCCGUCGCACCCGGCUUGCUUCGGCUUCAUUUCCAUGACUGCUUUGUUCAGGGUUGUGAUGGUUCGGUCAUGAUUUCUGGAUCCGCUUCCGAAAGGACUGCAUUUGCUAACUUGGGACUAAGAGGAUUUGAAGUGAUUGAUGAUGCGAAAGAACAACUAGAGGCUUUGUGCCCUGGUGUUGUCUCUUGUGCUGAUAUACUUGCAUUAGCUGCUCGUGACGCUGUUGACUUGAGUGAUGGUCCAAGCUGGUCAGUGCCCACAGGUAGAAGAGAUGGGAGGGUGUCUUUGGCAUCCCAAGUCUCUAAUUUGCCUUCUCCUCUUGAUUCAAUACCUGUUCAGCUCCAAAAGUUUGCUGCUAAAGGCCUUGACGAUCAUGAUCUUGUAACGCUAGUUGGGGCACAUACCAUAGGCCAAACCAGCUGCAGAUUCAUGAGUUACCGUCUCUACAACUUCACAUCUACCGGCAACUCCGACCCAACCAUAAACCCAUCAUUCCUUUCACAGCUCCAAACCAUUUGCCCCAAAAAUGACGAUGGCUCACAAAGAAUUGCUUUGGACAAGGACAGUCAAACCAAUUUUGAUGUCAGUUUUUUCAAGAACGUGCGUGAUGGGAAUGGAGUUUUGGAGUCGGAUCAGAGGCUGUGGGGAGACCAAGAAACUCGCCGGAUUGUCCAGAAUUAUGCGGGCAACAUUAGGGGAUUGUUGGGUUUUAGAUUUGAUUAUGAGUUUUCUAAAGCUAUGGUUAAAAUGGGCGCUAUUGAGGUGAAAACUGGCUACCAAGGAGAGAUUAGAAAAGUGUGUUCCAAAGUCAAUUAAUUAAUUACAUACAUAAUAUUGUAAUACAUAAAGAACCUGCAUGUUUUGUUGAUAGCUGAUAGGUGUGUUGC